GCUGGUUCCGAAUAUACCGGCUCCGAGAAUCAAGACGUCGCAUUCAAGGAUCGAAUCGCUGUCGCCUGCUGAGCCCAUAGUAGGGCGCCCUACUCGCUUCUAGGCGGCUUCGCGAGUCGCAGCCGACCACACCAUGGAACGAGAUCGCCGGCGACUGACGACCGACAGAAAAUGGGAUACGAAGACGGUGACAAUUGCAAGUACAACUUCGAAGAUGGAUUCCUCGUCGCGCUGCAGUGAUGCUGGGCGGUAAGUACUGGUAAGCACGUUUCAAGUUCCAAGUUCCCCGGGAUCCAAUUUCACUGAUUUUCUGGGGGACUCGUAAAAUAGCGGCCCCCGCGGGGGGAUGAUUGCCAUUGAGGGCUUCCAGCCUUCAAGCUUCAAGCUUCUAUGGCUUCAAUCCAAGGCAAAUCAGGUCCUUCAGGGCGUCAGCUUAUACCCACUAGCCGGCACAUCAUUCACACUACUUACUAUGAGCUGGCCUGUGUAUGCUUUCCCCUCAUCCUGGCCUGAUCUUACAACACUCUUGCAGGAGCCUCGGCAUCUGCCAGACUCAACGAUGUUCUCUGGGUUCUGUUUGGCUAGAGUCCAGUGUCGGUGGGAUAUGGAUACCUCGAGUGCCGGUUGAUCGACCGGCCUUGCAAUGUACAUACAUCCACUGGCCAUAGCCAUAUCCGUUCCUGUGUCUUUCUGUGCGUGGCCAAACGGUUUCUCUCUCUUGAAGAGUUUAUUGCAGAGAGAGGCUCUCCGCAGAGAAACCGUGUUGGAAGGAAACAUUGUGGUAGCCACGCCUUAAGCCCUACUUCUGGCAACAAUGGCUCUUGCGACUACUGCGGCCGUGGCUGCCGGCAGCUUAGCCGUCGCAUCCUACCUUGAUGGAAAGUACCAUAUCCGCAAGGACCUCGGGACGCUGGCCCGAAUGCAAAGAGGCAAGAGAGAAUACGGCCGAGUGGUAAAAGAGGACAAAGUCAGUCUAUGGUAUGUGCUGGAAGCCCAGUGCAAAGCUCGAUGGAACCAGCCGGCCAUCUGGUCACGAGAAGGAACGUACACCUACGGCGAAAUGUACGAGGAAUCCGUCCGGUACGCCCAGUACAUGCUGCAAGAGGGCAUCAAGCCAGGGGAAUUGGUAGGGAUGUACCUCAUCAACUCGCCGCGGUUCAUGUUCGUCUGGUGGGCAUGUCUGGCCGUCGGGGCGGCUCCAGCUUUCCUCAAUUACAACCUUGAAGGCAAGGCCUUGAUCCACUGCUUGGAAGUGUGCGAGACGAGAUUGAUAAUCGUGGACGAGGACCCGGGUUGUCAACAGAGAAUCAACUCCAGUCGUGAACAUAUCGAAGCCCGGGGCACCAAGAUUGCCGUCCUUGAUGACGCCCUGAAACAGAAAAUCUCGUCCAUGCCGACGAUCAGACCGGGCGACGAAUGUAGGAAUGGGACAAAGGGCAGUUUUCCCUACUGUUUGAUUUACACCAGCGGAACAACAGGUCUCCCCAAAGGCUGCGCGUUCACUCUCCAAAGAGUCUAUUCCAUCUGUGGGCACGACACACCAUCUUUCGGCUCCGUCCCCGGCGACGACAGAUGGUACAACGCCAUGCCAUUGUACCACGGAACCGGCGCCAUUACCACCUCGUGCAACCUAUUACAAGGCGUUUCUGUAGCCAUCGCACCGCGGUUCUCAGUAUCACGCUUCUGGAACGACAUUCACGACUCCAACUCAUCCUAUUUCAUCUAUGUCGGCGAGACGGCGCGGUACUUGCUCAACGCACCGCCUCACCCAUUAGAACGGAAACACCGUCUCCGCCUCGCAUACGGCAACGGCUUGCGCCCGGACGUAUGGGAGAAGUUUCAAACGCGAUUCAACAUCCCCGAGAUUGGCGAAUUCUUCAACUCGACCGAAGGCAUGUUUUCCCUCGUUGUCCACGACAGAGGUCCAUUUUUAAGAGCUUGUGUCGGGCACCACGGACUCCUCUUUCGCGCCCUCCUGCACAACGUGUAUAUCCCCGUCAAAAUCGACCAUGAAACAGGAGAUAUCUGGCGCGACCCAAAAACGGGAUUCGCUCAAAGAGUUCCAUAUGAAGUCGGCGGUGAAAUGCUCGUUGCUGUGCCCAACAAGGAUGCCUUCCAGGGAUACUGGCGGUCCCAAGCGGCGACAGAUAAGAAAUUCUCCACAAACGUGUUCAAAAAAGGCGAUAUUUAUUAUCGGUCUGGUGAUGCUCUAAGGCGCGACCGUGAUGGAAGAUGGUAUUUCCUCGAUCGACUGGGUGACACCUUUCGCUGGAAAUCCGAGAACGUCUCGACUGCCGAGGUGGCGCUGACGAUGGGCCAGUUUCCCGGUAUUGCGGAGGUCAAUGUCUAUGGUGUGCUUGUGCCGAAUCAUGAAGGAAGGGCUGGUUGUGCGGCCGUCCAUCUUGAUCCGAAUCAUACCGGGACCCCGGUCGAUUAUGAUGAAUUGUUAAGGUAUACGAGGGCCCGGCUGCCGAGAUACGCUGUGCCGGUUUUUCUGCGGAUUGUGAAGGCGAGUACCCAUAUUCAUAAUCAUAAGCAGAAUAAAGUCCCGCUGAGGAAUGAGGGCGUCGAUCCAAAGAGAGUUGGUACGGAGGUUCCGGACGGGAAGGAUGAUGUUUUCUACUGGUUGCCGCCGAAGGGGGAUCGGUAUGUCCCGUUCACACGGGAGGAUUGGGAGAGUUUGGUGGCUGGGAAGGCUAGAUUAUAAGAUAGGACCAGGACAGAGACAGAAGACGAGACCGAGUUAGCAGCAUAGCACUAUAUAAAAGACAGAUUUCUGGGACUGGAUAGCAACCUAGGUAUACAGUUGAAAAUGCCUGUACCGAUGCAAGUACAGGCCAUUGGACAAGAAAGCAUCGUGAUGAGAA